UCAACAUAGUUCAAAUUCCUCGGAGAUUUAACCGAUUGAAAAGACUGAAACUUCAAAUCCUCCUUUUGAGUCUAUACGUCGGCACUGAAGUCCUUUCCCUCGAUGCUUUCCUUCAUUCUCUUGGCUCUUCUGGCUCACGCCUCUCCAAUCCAAUGUAAACACCCACACCCAAAAAUAAACAUGAUCAUCUUAGCCGGGCAAAGCAACAUGGCCGGUCGUGGAGGAGUGUUCAACGACACCAUAACCGAGACACUAACUUGGGACGGCAUAGUUCCACCUGAAUGCCAACCAAACCCUUCGAUCCUCAGGCUAACCGCAAACCUAACAUGGGUUGAAGCCCAUGAACCACUCCAUGCAGACAUUGAUUACAACAAGACAAAUGGGGUUGGACCUGGAAUGCCAUUUGCCAACACUGUGUUGAACAAGGACCCUAACUUUGGGGUGAUAGGGUUGGUGCCUUGUGCCAUCGGAGGGACAAAUAUAAGCCAAUGGCAGAAAGGAGAGUUUUUGUAUGAGAAAUUGGUGAAAAGGUCUCAAUUUGCAAUGCAAAGUGGAGUGUAUAGAGCUAUGCUUUGGUAUCAAGGGGAAAGUGAUACAGAAAAUCAACAGGAUGCAGAAUUGUAUAAAGAUAAAUUGAAGAGGUUUUUCAAUGAUUUACGUUUUGAUCUGAAAACACCUAAGCUACCAAUAAUCCAGGUAGCAUUAGCUUCAGGGCCAGGGGCUUAUAUAGAGGAAGUGAGAGAAGCUCAGUUAAAGACAGACAUGGCAUAUGUGAAAUGUGUGGACGCCAAGGGUCUCCCACUCGGACCAGAUGGGUUGCACCUCACCACUUCAUCCCAAGUCACACUGGGCCAAAUGUUGGGUCAUGCUUUCCUUGGGUAUUGAAUGAUACACCCUAAUUUUCUACUUCCUUUCCUUUAUUGUUUUAUGAGAAUAUUUGCUUCCAAAUUUCAGAUGUCUACAUUUUGUAAUUUCUUUGACCCUUCUCUUUUCAUGGUAAGUAUUGAUUGAGGAUAAAAAAUACAAAAAAUAAAAAGGGAUUUGUAUGUCUGUUGGAAUAUUAUCAAUCGAUGGCAAUGAAAUGGGCAGUUUCUUAUUAAUUUCAAA